ACAAAUCGUUUGCGGCAACUGUCCGAUAGUCAAAGCAGCAUGGCGACUGCAGCAUCAGGUAGCAGUGAUGAAGCUUUACAUGAAAGUGAAGAUGCUGGAUGUUCUCAGUCAACCUCGGGUUCAUCUGAGGAACAAAAUACUGAUCAUAAACCAGUUUGUCUCAUAGUUCUUGGUAUGGCGGGUUCAGGUAAAACGACAUUUGUGCAGAGGCUCACAGGAUAUCUACACACUAAGAAAUCUCCUCCAUAUGUCAUAAAUCUUGAUCCUGCAGUUCAUGAAGUUCCAUUUCCAGCAAAUAUUGAUAUCAGAGACACCGUCAACUACAAGGAAGUUAUGAAACAAUAUGGUUUAGGUCCAAAUGGAGGAAUUGUCACAUCUUUAAACUUAUUUGCGACAAGAUUUGAUCAGGUCAUGAAGUUUAUUGAGAAAAAGCAGAGUUGUCAUGAGUAUGUUUUGAUUGACACCCCUGGACAGAUAGAAGUGUUUACCUGGUCGGCAUCUGGAACCAUCAUAACUGAAGCUCUGGCAUCUUCCUUUCCAUGUGUGGUGAUCUAUGUGAUGGACACAUCUCGAAGUGUUAACCCGGUCACCUUCAUGUCAAACAUGCUGUAUGCUUGCAGCAUUCUUUACAAGACCAAACUGCCUUUCAUAGUUGCCAUGAAUAAGACUGACAUCAUUGACCACAGUUUUGCAGUGGAGUGGAUGCAGGACUUCGAGGUGUUUCAGGACGCUUUGAACCAGGAGACGUCAUACGUUAGUAACCUCACCCGCUCGAUGAGUCUCGUCCUGGAUGAGUUCUACACCAACCUGCGGGUUGUUGGGGUGUCAGCGGUCACAGGUUCUGGACUCGAUGAAUUGUUUGUACAAGUGGCAGAUGCUGCUAAAGAAUAUGAAACCGAGUAUCGUCCAGAAUAUGAACGCCUGCACAGAGAGCUGGCUAAAGCUCAGAGCCAGAAACAAGAGGAACAGUUGGAACGCCUUCGGAAAGACAUGGGAGCAGUUUCUAUGGAAACCACAGCUCCAAGCGAAGCUUCAGAUCUUGGUGGUCCCAGUGACCUCAUUUUUAAUCGUGGCAAUCCAGAUGAAGAGGAAGAAGACGACAGUGACACUGAUGAUAUCGAUCACACAGUCACAGAGGAAAGUAAAGAAGCCACUUCAUUUGGGAAGUUCCUAAAGGAGAGAAGAGAGAUUGUGCAGGUACGCAACCGGAAGUCUGAAGGCUGAAUACAUUUAUGUAUUUGAGACGUCCCAUCACGUUUGAGCUGAACUUUGAACUUUGACCUCUCCACUGUGCCAACACUGGGAAAGCUCCGGAAAAAGUUGUGACGGUCCAUUUAAACAGUUCAAAUCUGUUUGCAUGCUACACUUGUAGCAACCCGCAUGUCUACAUUUUACUGCAUAGGUAGUCUGCACUUAGACAUUCCUUGGGAUGUAAUUUGGCAAAUUCAGAUUAGGAACUGCAUUUCUGCGCUUUUAAAAGCAAUCUUCUUUAUGUCAGCCAAUCACUUUUGUUUAUCUUAGAAUAUUUUAUUUAUCUACACUGAUGUGUCUGUUUAAAAAGUGUUCAUAAAAACCUGCAACAUAA